UUAGGAAAAAUUUAUUCUCUGAAGGAGUGGUGAGGUGCUGGGAUGGGCUGCCCAGGGAGGUGGUGGAGUCACCAUCCCUGGAGGUGUUCAGGAAAAGUUUAGAUGUUGUACUAAGGGACGUGGUUUUGUGUGGAAAUAUUGGCAAUAGGUGGAUGGUUGGGCUGGAUGAUCUUAGAGGUCUUUUCCAAACUUGGUGAUUCUACGAUAUACAUAACUAGAGUUCAGUUAUGGAGAGCAUUUUUCUAAACUGGAACAAAAAGUAUUCAUGUGUCUAUCUUUCCUCUUUCAAACAGGAAGCAACAACUUUAUAUGGCUCAUGUCUGACAACAUGCACCACCAGUGGCUGCUUCUAGCUGCAUGCUUUUGGGUGAUAUUCAUGUUCAUGGUUGCCAGCAAGUUUAUCACAUUGACUUUUAAAGAUCCAGAUGGCUAUGGUGCCAAGCAAGAGCCAUUAAUGCUGACAGCUGUGACAAAAGUGGAGGAGGCACAUGUGCCAGAGGAGAAACAUUGGACUAAAGAAUUCCAGCCAACUGGAAAAGCUUUUACUGGAAAUCUGCUACACCAUCCCCUGGUUCAUAUGGAAAGACUUGAGCUUCUCCGGAAUGUCUGCAGAGACACUGCAUUGAGAAAUCUCUCUCACACUGCGGUUUCCAAAUUCGUCUUGGAUCGAAUAUUUGUGUGUGACAAGCACAAGAUCCUGUUUUGUCAGACGCCGAAAGUGGGCAACACUCAGUGGAAAAAAGUCUUGAUCGUUUUAAAUGGAGCAUAUUCUUCCAUAGAUGAGAUCCCUGAAAGUAUUGUACAUGAUCAUGAGAAGAAUGGCCUUCCACGCUUGUCCUCUUUCAGUGACUCUGAAAUUAAAAAACGACUGAAUUUGUACUUCAAGUUUUUUAUUGUUAGAGAUCCAUUUGAAAGACUUAUUUCCGCAUUUAAAGACAAGUUUGUGCACAAUCCUCGGUUCGAACCUUGGUACCGACACGAAAUUGCUCCCAGCAUCAUCCGUAAAUACAGAAGGAAUCGCACGGAGACCAAAGGGCUGCAGUUUGAGGAUUUUGUGCGCUAUCUGGGUGACCCUAACCACCGAUGGCUGGAUGUCCAGUUUGGCGAUCACAUCAUUCACUGGGUGACCUAUGUGGAACUCUGCGCCCCCUGCGAAAUCACGUACAGUGUGAUUGGACACCAUGAAACCCUGGAGGACGAUGCUCCCUACAUUUUGAAAGCAGCUGGCAUAGACCGUCUGGUAUCAUACCCCACGAUUCCACCAGGCAUAACAGUGUACAACAAAACAAAAGUAGAGAGGUAUUUUUCGGGAAUCAGCAAGAGAGACAUAAGACGCCUCUAUGCUCGCUUUGAAGGCGAUUUUAAACUCUUUGGGUAUCGGGAACCGGACUUCUUGCUUAACUGACACCCGGGAUAAGCUCUGGAGAAAUGUCUUAAUUGAAACCUGCGUGAACACCAGCUGCAACCCUGACAGAGAUGAGAACGACCAUUUAUUUUCUAGCUUUUUGACGUUGCCCCAUUCUUAGAUGAAAUAUGUGUCAUAUGGAGAGUUAGGGGCUUACAGUUGUUACUUACUGACUGUAUUUUCAGUAUGUGACAUUGCAAUCUGUUAGGAAUGAAGUCGGUUAUCUAAAACACAGGAUUCCACUUCUUCCCAUUCCCUCCAGGAAAAAAAAAAAAGAAAAACAAAUGGGCGAUGGUCUUCCUCCUCCCUCUCCCAGGCAGAAUGCAAUUUAAAAAUGUUGUGAAGUAUGUAUAAAGAUGGCAGCCUCACUGCAGGUUAACGCUGACACGUGUGUGAGCUUGAUGAUUUGUGUUUAUGAGAAGGGCACUCAGUCUCCCGUGAGCUUUGAAAAUUAGAGGCCAGUACAGGACUAAAGAUUGAUGGAAUGCUUCACAAGUAAAAUCAUCUAGUUUCUGUCAUGUGGCUGCUAUAAUAAUAGUAAUGCUGAUCUAAUCCCAUUUUUGUUUGUCACAAAGUGAAUCUAAUUAGAAGCUUUAGAAUUGUUCAAAAAGGGGCUGGUUCUAGAACCCAGUUAUCUGUAUUUUUGUCAAGUGUUUACUGUACUUACUACUGGUCUAUUGAGCCUCAUCAGUCUACUUCUGAUUUUCAAGGUAUUAUUUAACUCCUGGCUACGUAAGUUAUCUGAGAACACCAGGUGCAAACGGAGCAUAGAAGAAAUAUGAAACCAUUAGGGAACCUUUAAGGAAAAUUAAUUUAAAAUAAAGAAUUAAUUCUAUUUGUGGGAGCACGUACAGAAAUCAAAGAUGCCACACAUUUUAACUUGUUUUGUCUUCUAACAGUCAAGAUUAAUAAAGAAGCCACGAAAGCAGGUUGUCCUAUGAAAGAGCUGCUAGAGUUACUUGGGUUAAUGGUCUUCCUUUUUCUUACUAUCCUGCCUUGCUCAGUGUUCAGUACCUUACAGAAGAGAAUGUUUCUUUCCCUCACAAAAUUCAUCCCCCUCCUGCUGAAGUAGGCAGUAUUUGGAUCCUUCUGUUUUCCAGUGACUCACUGCCAUGGUGUCCUGAGUUUAAAAAGCCCAACAUUUGUGCUACCAACAGGUGAGGUGGCAGCUUGCCAGGAGUUUGAAUUUCACUUACGUUUCUGUACUUGUUUUGUGCGUCCAAAAAAAAAACAAAAACAAAAAAAAACCCAGAACUGAAUGAGUGCAGCCAUAAUAUUUGCCUGUGCUUGCAUUCUGCCUGAUAAGGAGACGUCUUGAGUUUGAGCUCACCAGCAAUAAGAAUCAGCGUGCUGCCACUUCGUCCUGCAGUUCGUGGGAGGGAGACCACAAACCCAGACUGCGGCCAUCGGUCUGUCCAAAGUGAGCGUGCGUCCCGUGUUCUAAAAUCCUGGUCCCAGAGGAUUACUUUUCAGAUCAGUGUAACGUUGCUGGCUGGAAACGCUGCUGGCUGUCAGUGCUAUGGAAUCUGCUUUUCGAUCCAGCCCCAGCAUGUUUUCGAUAGCCCCUCUAUCGGCACAAGGAAGCAUCUUGCACUUGUGGAAAAGGAAAGCUGUGCCAAGCUGACGUGGGCUGCUGUCUGCAGAAAGGAAGCCCCGCUGUAGCUGGAUGUGGUUUCAGAAAGAUCCCGACAGACUCACUGAAAUAAGGGAGGAUCGUCCACUGAGCAGCGUUAGAAGAGAAUAGGCCAAGGUGGCAAAUCUCCAAAGGUGGGAUUAUUGGGUUUCUUUGAGAAAAAGCAAUGGUUACAGUGCCCUAACUUGUUAGUUCUUAACAAAUGAUAAAAAGAUGUUAACAGCUCCCGGUUUCUCUGUUUUUCUUAAUAUGGGAGCUUAGCAAAAUGUAUUGUUAAACACAUUUUGGAGCUAAUGAGCUGAUUGAUUACCUCUCUGCCAGUCUAAAAUGUAACAGUGUGAAUAAUGUAUAGUGAAUUCAGGCCUUAAAGUUUAAUUCUAAUAAAGAUGAAAGUAGAAUUGUUUUCCA